CCUGAUAGAUUGUGGUAUGACGAGCUACGGCGUCGGAGCCACGAGGACGUUUCGGGAGAGGAAGGACCCAAUGGACUUCACGUCGCCUUCCCAGAUGCCUCCAGUGGCAGAGCGUCUGAAGAAAAGGGCCAGCUUGAAGCUGAUACGGUCCAAGGAACGAGACUGGAAGCAGCAGGACUCCAGCCAGCGCGAGAUAAAGGAAACCCCACCUGCUGCACCAGCCGUGGCUACUCUGGUUGAAUCAUGCAGCCGGUUCAUGUCGCUCACAUCCCGGCCGAAAUCUGUGGUCCCGGAUGCGCUGGAGGCGGAGGUGGAAGAGCGAAGACCGGACCGGGACAAGGAGCUGCCCGAGGACCGCGUUCAACUUCCACAACACCUUCUGCAUGCUCAUCAACAUGGGCAAUAUCGACAGAGGGUGUAAGAGGACUAUCAGCCGAGAAGAGAAGGUUUGGCAGAAUGAGCUCAAAGACCUUAUCUGGCUGGAGCUGCAGGCUCGAUGUUCAGGCAGGACCCUGGCCCAGCAGGACAUGUACCUGUGCAGCGAGAGGAAGCUGGUGCCGGCGCUCAUCAACAAUAUUAUGGAAUACCAAUUCGUGAACACAAACCCUUGUCAAAGUGAAUCAAAACUGCACUUCAUGGGACACCAUGACGAUCUUAUUGAUGAAGACAAAUGUGCAGCUGAAGACCAAAACGCGGGCUGCCUGGAGUUCGACUGCCAGCAGUGCUCGGAGGCGAUCGGCGCCGCGAUGCGCGACGUGUACUCGCUGCUCGAGGCCUUCAACAACGCCGUCGCGCUCUACCCCUCCAGCAAGGCCAUGAUGGCCGACCACCCGCAGAUCGCCACCAAGGCCUUCGACAAUAGGGUUAAGGUAGGAAUAUAGUAUCUACUUAAUUUC